GCAAUCACAAGGCAAUUUGCACUCGCACUCGGGUUUAUGGUUGCUAAGAGUGGGUUACCUCCUUUGACUCUUGGUUAUCGCUGCUUUUUUCUCUCCGCGUCUCUUAUUAUAAGAAGGGACCUCGAAGUUGAGGUUCUAGUGAAUCAUCACCAUCACCAUCUUAUUUUGUCAAUUCACAGGACUACAAAAGGCAAUUGUAUAUCUGACUUCGACUUCUCGAACCCUUGCGGGCCUGCUCCGUCACCACCAUCAUCCUCUACCCCCGUCUCUCAACCCUUGCAUCGAUAACAAAACAUUUUGUACAACAAACCUUGGGGCAUACAGCAACCAUGGUGGACCCUAACUUAGACGAGGCUCUCACAGCCGAGAAAACAAUAGAGAUCCCCCCCACGUCAUCAGACAACGCAACUCUCCCAGGCGACAAGGAAUCAACAAACAUGCCUUCCCUUGAGGCAGCUACCCCAGCUUUCAAACCUUCAAGAGGUUUCCUCCUGGCAUUUACCUCGAUAUGUAUUAUUACACUCGCAGCAGCCCUCGACGCCACUUCGUUGAGUAUCGCACUUCCCAUCAUCACCGAGAAGUUGAAGGGAACAGCUAUUGAAGCUUUCUGGUCCGGCACGUCAUUCCUGCUCACUUCGGCGGUCUUUCAACCAGUUAUUGCCGGCUUGAGCCAUGUAUUCGGUAGGAAACAGUUGGUCCUCGCAUCAGCCCUCUUCUUCGCUGUUGGAUCCAUCGUUGCUGCAGUUGCAAACAACUUCACAAUGAUGAUCAUUGGAAGAAGUAUUCAGGGUAUUGGUGGCGGUGGAAUCUUGACCCUGGGCGAAAUCCUUGUUACGGAUUUGGUGCCUCUUUCUGUUAGAGGAGCUUGGUUUGGAUACCUUGGUUCUAUGUGGGCCAUUGGAUCCGUAACGGGCCCUUUGAUGGGAGGCGCUUUCGCCCAGCGUGUUUCGUGGCGCUGGAUCUUCUGGAUCAAUCUCCCCAUCAUUGGACUCGGAACGGUUGCCAUCACCCUCUUCCUUAAGCUCGCACAGACCCCCGGCAAAGUGCUAGAGAAGGCACGGAGAUUCGAUUGGUUUGGUUCUGCCUUCUUUAUUGCAGCCAUGGUUUCCUUCUUAAUCCCAUUGACGUGGGGAGGCGUCAUGUAUCCCUGGUCGUCAUGGCAUACACUUUUCCCCCUUCUCAUCGGCAUCGCAGGCGUCGUUGCGUUCGGAUUCUACGAACGCAGACUUUCGAGCAAGGCUUUCGAUGCGGAGGGCGGUCUUCUUCCAGGCAACAACAUCGAACCCAUAAUCCGGUACAGUAUCUUCAACAAUACAACGAUGCUUGUCACCUAUAUGGAGACCAUUCUUCAUGGCAUCGUCCUUUGGUGCUUACUGUACUUCCUUCCCCUUUACUAUGAGGCAGUCAAGGGCUACACACCAAUUAUCUCCGGCGUUGCAAUCCUGCCAGAAACAACCUUCGUUGCUCCAAUGAGUGUGAUAGUCGGUAUUGUCUGCGCAAAGACAGGUCGCUAUAGGUGGGCGAUAUGGACCGGCUGGGCAAUGACCACCUUCGGAGCUGGCCUACUCGUCCUCCUUGGCCCCGACACAACCAUAGUCCAAUGGGUCUUUCUCAACUUCUCCGUCUCAAUCGGAACGGGAAUGCUCUUUCCAGCAAUGGCACUCGCUAUCCAAGCAGCUGGUCGCCCUCAGGACGCAGGUCAUGCCGCAGCAUUUUACAGCUUCAUCCGUGUCAUCGGUCAAUCGCUCGGUGUUGCACUCGGUGGUGUCAUCUUCCAGAACCAGAUCAAGCAAAAGCUUAUGUCUUACCCAUUGCUUGCUCCUCUGGCUGGAGAGUACAGCAAGGAUGCCACCGCUCUGGUCGGCAUCAUCAACAGAAUGAGCGAAGGAGUCGAGAAGACGCAGCUGGUAUUAGCCUACGCCGAUUCUUUGAAGACGAUCUGGAUUGUGAUGUGUGCGCUGAGUGCUGUGGGUUUGGUGGCUAGUCUUUGGACGAAGAAGUACUCCCUUGAUCAGGAGCAUAAGACGGCGCAGGGUUACCAAGGAAAUACUCGCGAGGCCGAUCCUGAGAGCGGAGCAGAUAUUGAGAGUAUUUCUCCGAGUUUGAGGGAGUUGGAUAGACUUGCCAUUCGAAGAACUGUCUCAAGAGGGACGGUGUCGAGGACUGUGUCAAGGGUUUGAAGUGCUUGAGAAACAAACUCUGGUAAGGUGUAUGAUAUGGGUUUGAUGGUAGAUCUGGGUCUAAAUGAGCGCACUAGUUUCAUAUUGGGGUUGCAUAGCACAGCAUGGCGUUGGUGGAUAGGUACAGCGAUUUCUUUAGAAAUAGACAGCGCUGACUAGAGAAAUAAUAAUUAAUAUAAGAUCUUACAAUCUCAG